AGCCGUCCUCCCUGCGUCGUCUGGCUCCCUCUCUCUCUGUCUCUCUCUCUCUCUCGCUCCCUCUCUCCAUCCUGAUCUCUCUGUGUGGUGUGGCCUCCGCUCACAUGUGCUCUUACUCCAUUCAUACAAAAUCCAUCCGACCCAGAGGUCCAUUGCCCGCCGCCGCAGCCGCCGCUCUGGAUGUUUUAUGCAACGUGUCGGUGCCGGUUGAGUUUAACUUCUUUAACUUAUUAAUAUUUACCAUCAAAGGACUUCCUCUUUGUUAUUCAUACCAGAUCUGGUUGUAUUCCUGAAGAUACACUACAGUUAAAAAAAAUUUAUAUAGUAAAUAUAAAUGUUGUUCUUCUUGUGGCUCAAAGGAACGCCAGUUUUAUAGCUUCUCUCAGCAGCAUAACUGUUUUCAGCUGCGCUCACAUGAAAGGGUUUUAUACCCCUCCGCUAGUCUUCUAAGGCGAUAACACAAUGAACCAUCAGAACACUGGAGAUGGGCCUCUACACACCUCUGGAGGGACUUCACUAAACACCAGAGAAUAGUCAUUUACACAUUAACUAUAUAGAGAGAGUGUUUAUGAUUCAUUUAAUGUUAAAAACACUGUUUCACUUUGAAAAAUAAGACGUUCGACGUCUGUGGGACGUCCUCAACGAGUAUAAAGCAGAACUAGUGGUGAGUUCUUCAAGGUGGAUGAACAACGGAGACGAGCUGCAGAGAUAAGCCCCGCCCCCUCGAAGGCGCGAGUGAUGUGAAUUAACCACAACGUGUCAAGCAAGUAAACUAACGCUUUAGAUGUGAACUGGACUUUUAACUCUGCUCGGCUUAAGCUAACCGGUGACGUUCUCCCGCGUUCCUGCAGCGUCGUCGUGGAUUUCAACUUUUUAAACAUUUUAAGUUGCUUUAAAACAUUUAACAACGUGUCUCCGGCAUCCUGGCAGCGCAUGAACGAGCAUGGCUAACAAUCAGAGCACGUACGGCCGAAGCAUCGCCGGCACGCGGGGGGGGGGGGGGGGUCUGGAGCACAUGGCUGCCACUGUUACUCACAACGUGUGACGCUCACGCUUGUCUGUCCCAUCGGGCUGCUGCCAUCUUAACAUCAGAACGGCGUCCCACCCCCGGCUUCCUGUCCGGGGGGGUGGGGCGGUGCUUUGCGCAUGCGGGGUCGGUUUGAGCCUCGGUGCAUGUUUGACCCCCGUGCCCUCGGUCUGUAUGUCGCACUGUGUGUUUACAGACGGCAGCCCCAACGUCAGCGGCGGCGGCAGCGACGACCACCCAGCCUCAGGGUUACAAAACGCUGCGGAAGUGAGCGCCACGCUGCUGGCCGCCAACGCGGCGCCAUCGGAGUCCAGCCGCGCACCGGAGGCCCAGCAGCCAUCACCCCGGAGCAAGAAGAAGGACAAGCACCACCAUUCCAACCACCGCCACCGCUCCCCCAACAAGAAAACCAGCAAGGGAAAACACAAGUGGGGGAAGACCACCACGGGCAGGAAGAAGAAGAAGAAGGAGGAGGAAGAGGAGGAGGAGGGCCAGCGGCAGCGUUCCGGAGGCCACCGCCACCGCCACCGCUCGCCCGACAAGGCGCACGGCCGCUCGCGCAGCGCCGGAAACGCGCUGGACGACCGCAACGCGCGCCGCCGCUCGCCCGACAAACACCGCGCGGCGCGGCGCUCCUCUCCGCAGCGACACCGCUCCUCUCCGCACCGCUCGCCGCGCCGCCACCGGUCCCCGCACCGCCACGGGUCCCCGCAACGCGCCCGGCACCGGCACCAUCACUCCCCGACCAGACGCCACGCCCAUUCCUCUGACCCGUACCGCGCCUCCCCGGAGAGACGGGCCCACAGCAACGAGAAGCCCCGCGGCGGCGGCGCGGACGAGGCCCUCAGGGCCCCCCGCGAGCGCAGCUUCUCUCUCGAGGACAGCGUGCUGCGCGAGCCCCCGGCCCUGGACCGCCUGAACCGGGAGGACACGCUGCCGCCGCUGCGCCGGGACGCGCGGCCGUACGCGGAGGACAGCCUGCUGCUGAGCGCCUCCUCCGUGGAGAGAGGCUACAAGGGGGACAGCCUGCUGCGGGACCUGGCCUCCCGCGGCCGCAGGGACGCCGCCGUGCCCCGGGCGCGCAGCCCGGACUCCGACGCGGCCUUCCAGAAGUACAGCUCGCUGCUGAGGGGCCGCGCCUCGCCCGAGCGGGCGGAGCGCGACGCGCGCUUCGCCGGCCGCGAGAGGGAGAGGUCCCCCGCCGCGCCGCCACAGUACCGAGCCCGCAGCCUGGGGCGAGACAUCUCCCCCAUCGGGAGCUCCAGGGGGACGGAGUCGGAGGACGAGGAGGACGACGACAUGUUCGUGGCGGCCAAGGUGAGGGAGUACUACAGCACGCUGCAGAGCGGCAGCAGCGGGCGGCCCGCCGCACGCGCCGCGCCGCCGCCGGAGCCCAGGAAGACCUACAAGGAGAGCCCCAAAGACCUGAGCAUCUGACCGGGACCUGUCGAUCAACACCACCUCAAAGGACUCAUCACGUCACCACCUGGUUCUACAGAAGUGCACACUCAUACACACACAUACACACACUCAUACACACACACACACACGCGCGCUUUAUGUAACAAUGUUCAGACACAAAAAAAUGACUUUUGCAUUUUUUAAAUUUUAUUUUGUGUGUUUUUCCCCUUUUUUCUUGUUUUUUGGGUUGUAAACAUUCAACAUUUACAGUAACUCAAAAAAAAAACCUUUUUCCAGAAAAAUAUGUAAAAAUCAUAAAAAAACAAUGAUGUGCCUAAACAGUUCCAUUAACGAGCAACUUUUAUUUGUUUUUUGUUUUAUUUGACACGUGACGGGCGUUUUGUGAGCCGCACUGUCAGAUGAUGAAAUGUAUUAUGUAAGGUUUUUGUUUUUUUCACCACGAGGAAGUACCACGCGCCUGGGUCACGUGACCGGUGCUCACACAAUGAUGCUGUGCAUGUCUUGACCGGUUUCAAUGUCUCUCUCUCUCUCUCUCGCUCUCCACCCCCCCUCCUCCUCCUCCUCCUCCUCCCAGUGCCGCUGUUUUUUAGACAUCUGACCAGACUAUAGCACAAGCCUGCAUUUGUUUGUAUAUUUUUGACUGUUGCAGUACGUGUACAUUCAGAGGUGAUCAUUUUAAAUUAAUGAAGGGACAAAUUAAAAAAAGUUAAACUAUGAUGAUGUUAAAAUAAAAUAAUAUAUUCAACGAA